AUGGCUCUACGAAGAUCUACAGGCCUCUGUAAGGGCAUUUCACAGGCCACUUCGCAUCGAUUUGCGCUGCCCCAAAUCGCUACCCAAAGGCGAUAUCUGGCCACUCCAGUCCACCCUGUCACUCAAGAUGCUACUGGCUCUAAGGGUCCCACGGCUAUGGUCUUUCUCAACAUGGGAGGACCUGCGACUACCGACGAGGUUGGCGGCUUUUUGAGUCGUCUUUUUGCUGAUGGCGACCUUAUUCCUCUGGGCCCUCUACAGAACUAUCUUGGUCCUCUGAUUUCGAAGCGACGAACACCCAAGAUCAUUAAGCAAUAUGCUGCCAUUGGUGGAGGAUCCCCAAUUCGAAAGUGGUCCGAAUACCAAAACGCCGAGAUGUGCAAGAUAUUGGACAAGAUCUCUCCCGAGACUGCGCCUCACAAGCCCUACGUCGCUUUCCGAUACGCGAACCCGUUGACCGAGGACAUGUAUGAGCAGCUUUUGAAGGAUGGUUUUGGUAACGGAAAGGGUGGCCGUGCUGUCGCAUUCACACAAUAUCCUCAGUACUCUUGCUCGACCACGGGCAGCAGCUUGAACGAGCUAUGGAAGUGGAGGCACAGAAUGGAGGGAAAGACCAAUAAGGAGAUUGGUGAUGGUACUAUUACGUGGAGUGUAAUUGACCGUUGGCCCAACCACAGCGGUCUCGUUGAGGCCUUUGCUCGAAACAUUGAGGCCAAGCUUCUAGAAUAUCCCGAGGAGCGAAGGAAGGAUGUCGUACUACUCUUUUCUGCACACAGUCUGCCUAUGUCUGUCGUCAACAGAGGUGACCCUUACCCUGCUGAGGUCGCGGCAACUGUCUACGCUGUCAUGCAGCGCCUUGGGUUCGCCAACCCUUACCGCCUGUGCUGGCAGUCUCAGGUUGGACCAUCAGCCUGGUUGGGUCCUCAGACUUCAGACAGCGUAGAGCACUACGUUGCCAAGGGCCAGAAGGACCUUGUGCUCAUCCCCAUCGCCUUCACCUCUGACCAUAUCGAGACGCUCUACGAGUUGGACCAGGAGGUCAUCGCCGACAGCGGUAGCCCCGAGACCGUCAAGCGAGUUGAGUCUCUCAACGGCAGCCCCGUGUUCAUCGAAGCUCUUGCCGACAUUGCCAAGGCGCAUCUUGCUGGAAACCAAGCGUGUUCGAAGCAGUUGGGUCUUCGAUGCCCCGGUUGCAAGAGCGAGAGAUGCGCUGAGUCAAAGCGAUUCUUUGCAAGCCAGCAGGCUGGUCUUGCUUAG